AUGAUAUCAUCGUUUAGAUCCUGAUCGUAACUCUUCGAGCAGCCUUCCCCAACGUGAUCCGCUUCUGCUGCUGUGUGGCCGUCAUAUAUUUGGGCUACUGCUUCUGCGGCUGGAUUGUGCUGGGACCGUACCAUGUGAAGGAAUGCAGGAGAGCAGCACUCUGGUGUGGCUCUUCAGCCAAGUGUACCUGUACACCUUCAUCUCGCUCUUCAUCUACAUGGUGCUGUCGCUCUUCAUCGCGCUCAUCACCGGAGCCUACGAGGCCAUCAAGCAUCAGACCCAGGAGCCCAUUCACAUCACAGACCUGCAUGCUUUCAUAGCUGAGUGCACCGAUGCGCCAAACUCCGGCAAGUUCAGGGGCCUGGAGACAUCGCCGUGCUCCUUUUUCUGCUGCUGUGACAGGAUGACAACAUAUGAGGACGUCCUGCUGGUGAACUGAGGAAGAAUUCGGUUCAACUUACAAGAAGUCCCCUCUGGAACAAGC